UCGGAGUUGGCGGCGGAAGCGCGACCUCCGACCAGCGUCUCGGCGGCGCCGCAGCUCAGGUGAACCUAGUGAUGCUCAUCAAGCUCUCCAGCAGUGCCAGGUGAUUCAGGAAGUCUGACUGUCAAAGGAAAUGCUGAUAGGUCCUUGAAAAAAAAAUGGGUUGCUAUGAUGACUUGGCUUCGGGCCUGCAAACUGUGGUGACGACAUAAUCACCAAGGAAACCAAAAGAUGCAGCUUCUAAAAGGUCUCGGAAGGCUUUUGUUACUGCAGUCUGGAAGCGGACUGGCUCGGAAGAACCGCGGUGAGGCUCGCUGUCCUACAGAAACUUCCAGGGGCAGAAUACUAAUAAGAGAACUUUUAUCUGGGAAGUAGAAGUUGCUUCUGAAUCUCUUUAGGAUUCACAGAUGGAUUCAGUGGAAAAGACAACAAAUAGAAGUGAACAAAAAUCAAGUAGAAAGUUUCUGAAGAGCCUCAUCCGGAAACAGCCCCAGGAGCUGCUCCUGGUCAUUGGCACUGGUGUCAGCGCUGCCGUGGCCCCGGGCAUCCCCGCGCUCUGCUCGUGGAGGGGCUGCAUCGAGGCGGUCAUCGAGGCCGCCGAGCAGCUGGAGGUGCUGCACCCAGGGGACGUGGCUGAGUUCCGCAGGAAGGUGAUGAAGGACCGGGACCUGCUGGUUGUUGCCCACGAUCUCAUCCGGAAGAUGUCCCCUCGCACGGGCGACACCAAGCCCAACUUCUUCCAGGACUGCCUGAUGGAGGUCUUCGACAACCUGGAGCAGCACAUCCAGAACCCGCUGGUGCUGCAGUCCAUCCUCAGCCUGAUGGACAGGGGCACCAUGGUGCUGACCACCAACUACGACAACCUGCUGGAGAUCUUCGGGCAGCAGCAGAGCAAGCCCAUGGAGUCCCUGGACCUGAAGGACAAGACCAAGGUCCUGCAGUGGGCGAGGGGCCACAUCAAGUACGGAGUUCUGCACAUUCACGGCCUGUACACCGACCCCUGCGGGAUGGUGCUGGAUCCUUCGGGAUAUAAAGACGUCACUCAGGACCCAGAAGUCAUGGAAGUCUUCCAGAACUUGUACCGCACGAAGUCUUUUCUGUUUGUGGGCUGUGGAGAGACCCUGCGUGAUCAGAUAUUCCAGGCUCUCUUCCUCUAUUCGGUGCCGAACAAGGUGGACUUAGAGCACUACAUGGUUGUGCUCAAGGAGAGUGAAGACCACUUCUUCAAGCACCAGGCGGACAUGCUUCUGCACGGAAUUAAAGUCGUGUCCUACGGGGGCUGCUUUGACUAUUUUCCAGGAUAUGUGCAAGACCUUGCUGCUCAGAUCUGCCAACAGCGAAGUCCAGAUGCCGAGCGAGUGGACAGCACCACGCUGCUGGGUAAUGCAUGCCAGGACUGUGCAAAGAGGAAAUUAGAAGAAAAUGGAAUUGAAGUUUCAAAAAAACCCAGACAAUCAGAUACUGAUGAUGCUGGAGGGUCUUGAAAUCUUUAAAACCAAUAAAACUGCAACUUGAAAACCAGCCUUCUGUAACCACAGUGCCGUCCCAUACGAUGAAGAAUGUCAGAGAACUCCACCCGGGAUCUCCGUCCUAAACCGUCGAGCAUCCCAGAAGAGCCCAGGGGUGCAUGGCGCUCGGGCGCUGGGUGAGAGCCCCGCCGUGUGUGCUGACUGCUCAGGCGGUGACGCGCACACACGCCAGGUGUCCUUUGCGAGGAUGGAUGGACGCCUACCUCAGGGACCACGCUGGCGGGCAGGGAGGCCUGCUACUCCCGACUCCCCUUUGACCUGCCCUCUGUCAGGUGGCUUUUUCUGAUGAAAGGGGGAGAGUGAAGACUGUCCAAGCAACAGGAGUUGCCAAAGAGAAAAUAGGAAGUUUGACACUUAAAUUUUAUAAUUUUUAUGUGGAAACAUCUGUUACUGUAGGAAAAAAGUUAGAAGUCUAUUUGUUGCAUUGUUAAAUAGUAAAAGCGGACGGACCCUGGGGGCACUGACUGCUGGCGAGGGUUGGGUGUUUGAAGAAUGGCUAGCCCUGUGCGGCCCCUUUGGGGUUACAUGACUUCAGUAACUUCGCUUCUGAAGAAUGGCAGGUCUGAUGCUGCCGAGCAGUGAAGUGGUGAAGAGCCAGAGGGCCUUUCCAAAAGUGCGUUUCGUGGUGGGUAGCUGAGAAGUUACACGUGGGCACAAGACUAAGUUUGAAACUUCUAGUUAAGUUCUAAGCUUUCCAAGUCUUUAUUGUAUGAGGUAAGUCCAGCCUUUCUGUUCCUGUCUCUUAAAACCCUCGCCCCCGGCCCACGUUAAAGGGUGUGCAUGCAGCGCAGCAGGGCCUGUGACACGGCGAUGCUGUCGGGCUUCCCUGGGGCAGACGGCGCCCGGGCGGUGGCUCUGGAACCCGGCACAGGCCCUGCUUGGGCUGUUUCAAGGCUGCCUAUUUUGUCGCUCCUCUGGGUUUAGAGAAAGUGAAGAACAAGAAACGCGAGGUUGCAAUGUGCAGGGAACGAGAGAGAAGCCAGAGACCUGCUUAAGACCUUUUGUUUCUUUCCUUUUUGAAGCAUGGAGAACAAAUCUUUCGUUACUCUGGUCAGAAAUAAAAUUUUAUCAUCAA